AUGCUCUGCACCAACGUAGUUUUUCAAGGGCUAGCCAAAGCGUCGGACUGGGUCGGGUGGACAGACGAUGUCAAGAGCUGGCUUCCCGAAAGGGAAGGUGGAAGAGACCCAACCAAGUGUGAUGUGGUGGGCAGGGCUAUGCUGAGUGGUGGAGUUGGAGACCAAGUUGUUCGAGUACACAGGGUGGCGUUGCGAGAGUGGAAGCAAUUUCUAGACCAGCACGACCCCAACCAUACGUUCUGCAACCUCCACCGCACGUUGACACCUGACGGACGGAUUGUGUGGACGACAACCCCACAGACUCCAUAA